AUGGUGGCCUCUGAAUUCCCUAGAAGACUGUACACCAAAGGCGGUGAGCCAGCCCCGGAUAAAAGCAUCGUCUAUUAUGCUGAUGAUUAUAGGUUGGUACCUGCACUACGCCUGAUUGGUACCACUCCAGUUCGGUUUUCAUUGAAUGAGUUUGAGGAGAUCACCGGACUCAACUGCGGGUACGUGGAUGACUUGGCUCUAGCUGAUCUUGAGCUUUCCGAUGAGAUACGGGCAUUUUGGGAGCUAAUGGGGGUCGAUGUCGAGUCGGACCCAAGCACUAUCGAAAUUAUUGAAGUCUGUUCCAACUGCUCAUCAUGGCCUCGGGAUGAUAGGCUGCGGUUGGGAUAUUUUGGGAUCUACGCUGGUUUCAUAGUGGCAACGAGACCAGACUUAUCCACAAAUGUCAAACAUGCCAGACUAGUGAUAGAUCUCGAAGGUUUUAAGGAGUUCCCAUGGGGAAGAAUUGUUAUUCAGCAUCUGAUCAAGUCUGUUAAGGAGAAAGAUCUCAGCAAAAACAUUCAUAUAGAAGGAUUUGUGCAAGCUCUUCAAGUGUGGGUGUACUAUGCUCUGUCGGAUUUUGCUGCUGAAUUUGGCGAACCAUUGCCAAAUGAUCCUACAUCUCUUCUGCUGACUUACAAAGGAUCAAGAGGACGAAAGAACGCUCGCAUACAGUGCUGCGUGGCUAAGGACUUAGCGGAUAUGUUUCCAGUUUGGGAUGAUGAGGAACAGGAUCCGGAUAUUGUCAAGAUUGUCAAUGCAAUCCAUGACCCCCAAUUCAAGUUCUCAAAAAACCACUGGCAGGAAAGAGGAGCAGGAAAAAGGAGCCUUCCCUCAGAUGAAUCAAGUCGCAAGAGAACCUGCACAGCCUCUGCCUCUGCCGCCUCUUUCGUUGGUGAUGAAGGGGUCGGAGUUGUCGCUACUAUGAAAGCGCACUUUGACCAAUGCUUCAAAAGCUUUUCAACCAAGAUGCUGAAUGGUCUUGGUAGCUGUGAAAAGCAGAUCAAACUUCUCACCGACAAAGUUGAAUCUGUAGAGCGCGCGGUAUUGACUACAGGGUCGGCGAAGCAUACUGAGGAAGAGGUCAAGGACAAUGUAGAGCCAACCCAGCAGCAGGUCACUGGAUCCAAGAAGCAUGAAGGGAGUAAUUCAGAGAAAGAAGAUACUCUGAUGAAAGAUAAUGUCAACGUUGGUGCGAGUGAGAGUGUCAAUGCCCCCGGGGAUGCAAAAAGAAAGAAGGAUGCCUUGAAGGAAGAAGAGGCCCCCAAGCCUAGCUUUUAUGAAGUUGACCCAAAGACGUGUGAUGUUGACUUUGAUGCAGUUGCACUAGCCAAAAAUUCCAAAGCCAGAGCAGCGGCUCAGAUAGUUGCCCGAGCAACGAGUGCCAGAAACCGACAGCUGGCUGCGACACAGAAGAGUCUUUUCUUAGGAAAUAGCACCGCAAAGGCGAUCAUUCCAACGUCGGCAUCUCACUCCGGUCGUGUCCGUGGAUAUGAUCCUUUCGAUCAAACCGGUGUUAAGGCGAAGCAUACUACUCUAAUGAACUUUGUGAAGGCAAACCCGUAA